AUGGGUUUUGGCCUGAGAAAACAUCGUACACAACAAAGACAGAAACGUUUGAACAAGAUGGGAAAGGGUUUGCGAAAAAAAUCACCAAAAUCGCAACGUUCCAAGCGACGUUUGCGGAUUCUGCCUCUACCGAAAACAGGUGGCUUUCUACCUUUACUUCUACCUAUACUCGGGGCUCUUGGAGCUCUUGGAGGUGGUGCUGCCUCCAUUGCAAAAGCUGUCAAUGAUGCUAAAGCCAAUCAGUCACAACUUGCGGAACAGAAGCGUCAUAACUUGGCUUUAGAAGCCUCUCGCAAGGUUUUCACGUGUUGUAGGAUGAGUAUUCUCAACGUUACACAAAAACCUCUUGUUGAUAAUUCUAUUACAGAACUAGAGUAUCACACUUAUCAACCUUUUAUCAAUUCCAACUUUGACUACAACGAUGAAAUUCGCAUUGCUGUUCAAGAACUAGAUGCCUAUACCAUCCCGUCACAAAGUCUUUUGUAUCUCGAAGGAGAAUUAACCAAAGCCGAUGGAACUGCUGUUACUACUAAAAAAGCUGAUGGAACUACUGUUACAACUCUGCAAUUAAUCAAUAACGCUUUUGCUUUUCUGUUCCGUGAGCUCCGUUAUGAACUGAACGGAGUUGUAGUCGAUUCCGUUCGAAAUGUUGGUCUUACCUCCACCCUUAAAGGGUAUCUGUCUUUUAAUGAAAUGAGAGUUCACGCUUGCAAAAUGCUGGCUGGUUCCCAAAAGACACUUUUAUUUCUGAGUCUGGCAAGUUCAAUGUUUGUAUUCCUUUAA